CCUAAACCCUGCAAAACCCGUGUGUGAGCAAUGUCUUCCCUGGCCUUACGUUACGGUCGCCACCUAUCAACCACGACGGCGGCUGCCGCCGGCGCAUCCAUCACCAUCUCCAAAGCGAAGUCAAAGCUCAGGUCCGAACACGACCCCGAUGAGGCUUUAAAGAUCUACUCCUCCAUUUCCGGCAACUACACUUCCCAAGCUUCCUCCCGCUACGCCCAGACCUACGCCGUCAGGCGUCUCGCCAUGGCGCGCCGCUUCUCCGAUAUCGAGACGCUUCUCGAGUCUCACAAGAAGGACCCCAAAGUCACUCAGGAGCCCUUCCUCUCCACCCUAAUUCGUUCUUACGGCAUCGCCAGAAUGUUCGAUAAAGCGCGCAGCACGUACGAGCAAAUGGACGAACUAGGAACCCCUAGAUCCUCGCUCUCUUUCAACGCCCUUCUCACCGCCUGCGUUAAUUCGAGGUUGUGCGAUCGCGUCCCCCAACUGUUCGACGAAAUUCCUAACAAAUACGGCGUUUUGCCUGAUAAGAUUUCGUACGGUAUACUGAUCAAGUCCUAUUGCGAGGUCAGAUCGCCCGACUUGGCCAUUGAGAGACUCAACGAGAUGGAAGAGAAAGGUAUCGAGAUUACUCCAAUUACUUUCACGGCUAUAUUACAUUCACUGUAUAAAUCAGGGAGGAUCGAUGAUGCUGAGAAGGCCUGGGAGGACAUGGCGAAAAGAGGAAUUGCUCCGGAUGUUGGCGCCUACAAUGUCAAGCUUAUGAACAUCCAUGGCGGAGAUCCUGACGGCGUGAAGGCUUUGAUUGAGGAAAUGAAAGCUGCAGGGGUUGAACCAGACACAAUUAGCUAUAAUUACUUGAUGAUAUGCUAUUGUAGGAAUGGAAUGUUGGAUGAAGCUGAGAAGGUGUACCAAGAUUUGGAGCGGAAUGGUUGUAAACCUAAUGCUGCAACUUAUGGGACAUUGAUCCAUUAUCUGUGUGAGAAGGGGCGGUUUGUGACAGGGUACAAGGUGUUCAAGGAGAGUGUGAGGAGACGCAGGAUGGCCGAUUUCAACACCAUGAAGCCUCUGCUCGAAGGAUUGGCAAAGGAAUCGAGGCGCAAAGAGGCACGAGGGUUGCUUAGGACGGGGACGAAGAAGCUCCCGCCUAAUCUGCACAAGGCUUGGAGCAGUCUAGGGGAGCAGCUUGGCUUGGAAAAGAUUGAAGAAGAUGAGACAAAGAAGGGGCAGUGGAAGGACUCGAAGCUGCACGAGUUGUGGAAAGGGAGGAAGUAGAAAGCGGUAGAGCUUAUAACUUAUUUUAAGCUACAAACGAGAACGAGUUAGGGAUGAAGUAGAAAACGGCUCUGCUUGGUAGAGCUUAUAACUUAUUUUAAGCUACAAACGAGCUGUGGACAGGGACGAAGUUGAUGAAGAUUGUUACCAGAGAGACCGAAGGCCAGUGCCUUGCCUUGCCUUGCCUAGCUGCAAUAGUAUUGUAGGAUGUGUUAGUGAGAGGGCAUACAGAACUCUAAGGCUGCCAGGGAUAUUUGUCUUGGCCUUAACUUUUUAAAACAAUUCAUUCUUCUAAUACCAUAAGACUUGUUUUGUUAGAAUAGUAAGAUUGAAGUGGUUGGAAUGAUUGAAAUGAUAGUUAUUAUAUUUUUUUGAAA